UCAGGGCAGUUUCAUCCACAUUGUAGCUGACACUACUCAGCUCCAGACAUGGACAACCAAGGCGUGACUUAUGCGGAACUCCAUCAUGCUAAGGGCUCAAAAAGACAGCAAGUGCAACCUAAGGGCACGAAAAGUUCCAUUUCAGUAACUGAGGAGGAGAUAACCUAUGCAGAAUUGAAUCUUCAAAAUGCUUCUCGGGACCUUCAAGGGAAUGGCAAGAACUCUCCCUGCAAAGAGAAGCUCAUUGCUGGUAUCUUGGGAAUCCUCUGCCUCGUCUUGAUGUCCACUGUGGUAACAAUAGCUGUUAUCCCCUCUACUGAAGGACCAGCGCAGAACAAAACAUCCCUGGAAACGACAAUCCAGAAAGCGUGUCUCUGUUGUCAUUGUCUGAAAGAGUGGUUUACGUAUUCCAACAAUCGCUAUUACAUUAGCACUGAGGGAAAAUCAUGGAACGAGAGUUUGACGUCCUGUGCUUCUAACAACUCUAACCUGCUCUACUAUAAUGAUGAAGAGGACAAGGUAAGUUUUCAGAUGUUUCCAGAUUCUAUUAAAAGCUUGUCAUUAAAUGGGGCUCCUGAGUGGCUCAGUGGAUUAAGCCUCCGACUUCGGCUCAGGUCAUGAUCUCAAGUUU